AUGGAAAAUUCCAAGGAAAAGAUUGAAACAACUCAUAUUCCGGCAGUUUGGACUGAAUUCUCCAUUCUUAAGGAAGACUUAAUCUCGCCUACGGUUGAAUACGAACCGAAUGAGAUUGGAUUUUCUGGGACAGAGAACUUUCGUGCAGUUUUGAAUGUUUUUGGCUUAUCUCAACCGACAGCAGAAGGGAUAGUUAAUCUCAUGGAGUACUUUCAAAAACCAAUCAUUUGGAUGAACUUGAGAGAAGAACCUGUUAUCUAUAUUAAUAGUCGUCCUUAUGUUUUGCGUGAUAAACAAGCUCCUUUUUCUAAUAUUCGCUCGUUUAUGGGCAUAUCUUAUACUCGCUUGGAAGAGAUGGAAAUGCGAUUAAAACUAGACAUUAUUGAAAUGGCUAAGAAGAAUCGUGGCUUUAUUCAAGUCCAUACCGAAAAACAACUUAAAGCACUUUGGAUCAGUACUUUGUACGUACAGAAAGUACAGACUGUACGUGAACUCUUUGAAAGUAUUGGUGGAGAUAAGAUCAAAUAUUAUCGGACACCAGUUAGUAGGAAACUUUAUAACAAGGAAAACUUCUUAUCUGUACUGGAUACAAUUUUAUCUAGGAAUAAGGAAACAGAUCAAGAUCUGCUUUUUGGGUUUAAUUGUGGGACGGGUUUAGGCCGGACUUCUUAUGCCAUGGCUGCUUGUUUGAUCCGUAAGAAGGCUUUGGAGUACUUGCACUUAACUGCUGAGUUGGAAUCGCCUUCUUUAAUGGAGGAGUCAGGCCGGGAAAUGCCGGGUGUAUCUACUUCGGCUUUCAAUUCUAGAUCUUCGCUUUUAGAGGUAGUUAGUGGUCGUUCGGGUGAAUCGGAUUUUGCUAAGGUUAUUCAGGUGCUGAAAAGAGUUCAUGGUAAGGAUAAGUUGGCCGAUUGGCUCUCUAAGGUUGGUAAUGUUGUUCCGGCUUUAGAAAAGGCUUUGAAAGGUGAGUAUACUCUGGUUGAGCGCUUAGGGAGUGCUUUUAAUGGGUUUUAUGCUAAGAAGAUUGUUGAUUUGGUUCUUUCGUACUUGCAACGGUUUUCUUAUCUGGAAGUCUUGUUAGAACACAUAAUAAAAGCACAGUGCACACCAGAUCCUAAGAAGUCGCUUAAACGGGCUUGUAUUCUCAUGGAAAGGUACGUCUCCUUAAUUAUCUAUGGAAUUUACCGGACUAACCAGGUGCCCAAAAGCUUCAUUAGUUGGAUUGAAGAAAACCCGGCUAUCUAUGAGUACAUUAAGCAAAUUGCCACCGAAAUUCCUAACUUAGCUAUCUUCUCACCAGCAGAUAUCUUCUCGGCUAACUUGAACACACUUAAGGAUACGAGGAAAUGGACAACUAUUAUUGGGGCCCGGACUAUUCUUAGUGCUGAUAGUAUAGUUGGUGAAACAACUACUCAGCCGAUUGAUAAUGUUUAUAUUGCUUGCCAAAUAACCGGCCAUCUCCUACCAGCCCAUAUACCGGAGAAUGCUAAAUGGAUCAAUUUAAGAGCUGAACCUGUGAUUUAUAUUGGUGGUGUACCCCAUUCAGAACGUGACCGACUAUCACCCCAUCGUAAUAUCAAAACUAUCGCAGGAAUUACGCAAAAGCUCAUUGAAACCCAAGAGAGUCUUCUUUGUAAACGUAUUCGUAAUGAAGGUGCGAAAAUGAAUGGCCAACUGAUUUUAUUUGAUACGACCACCGAUCGUGAACUGAUUACUAAACGAGUUAAUGUGAAAGGUAAGAAAGUAACUACUUGUGAUGACUUUAUGAAGAUUCAGUUGGGUAUCAAGAAUUACCAGCGAAUUCCAAUGGUUUCUAAAAGUGUUUUGUAUCCCAAUACUAUUGAUGCUAUUAUGUCGGUGGUAAUCAAUCGUAACUCAGCUCCACUUGUCUUCCAGGCUAGUGGAUUUGGUGGACGAGCUUGUACUGCUCGUACUCUAGCUAUUGUUAUUGAAACAGUUCAAGCUCAAGUUAAGUCGGCCACAUCAAGUAAUCUUGAAUUUGCUCCAUCUCGGCCUAUUCCUAUUAAAGCUGUUGAGGCCUUAAUUCGUAUCUUGCCUAAUGGAGCUCUAGCUGAAAAUCUGGUUCGGUUUGCCUAUAGUAAGGCUGGCCAGAAAGAUAUUUACGCUAUUCUUGGUGAACCGGACUCAGAUCCUCAACCUUACCUCUCCAAUCACUUCCUAAUGAUUACAAUGGCUUCGUUUAUUCUUCUUAAUUUAGGCCCUACUCUUUCUUUCCGUGAAUGGCUUAACCAACGGCAAGAUAUCAUGAACCUUUUUAAUCUCUUGAAAACAGAUCGGCUUAAAACUCCAGAAAUCAAACAUCCACUUAUCAACCGGCCUUGGGGGUGUGUGCUAACUCCGCAUACUAUGCUUAAGAACGAUUUCUUCCCCGGUCUCAAAUCCGAUAAGAUCAAAGAUAGUGAUAAUAUUCCUGGGUGCUACAACUUCCGAAUGGUUCGUUGUGGCGAGAAUGAUGCUAGUAUUGCUAUCGGACUGGCUCAGCCGACCGGUGAGGGUGUUGGUGCCCUGGCUGAUUACUUGAAAAGAGAAGGUCGGCAGCUGCAUUGGUUCUGUUUACGGCAAGAACCUGUUAUUUACUUGAAAGGCCGGCCUUUUGUGCUUCGUACGACUGAUCUUAUUUAUGAGAAUGUUAUCACUGAAGGUAUCACUCGUGAAUGGGUUGAGAAUAUUGAAACCCGAAUGAAGUUCGACUGCUUGGAAGAGUGCCAGAAGAAUGGCUCAGUUAUGGUUCAUGAUGAAGUCUUUGAAAACAGUAAGCCCAAACUAGUACAUGAAGUUAUGCAGAUUCUGCCGGAAGAGGUCCAAACUCUUCAGGAAGUCUUCACUCAUCCCCAUGUUGUCUACUACCGCCUGCCUAUUUCUGACGAGCAAACCCCCUUACCAGAAAUCUACGAUGAACUCUACCAAACUAUUCUGUCUAUCAAAGGGCCUAGUGCGCUUGUCUUUUCCUGCCAGAUGGGUCGAGGCCGAACAACUACUGGUAUAGUCAUAUCACGAUUGAUUGCCUUUGUUCAAAAUCUGAAAGAGAAGACUCCUACUGAACGUGACUCCCUUCUUCAGUACAAGAAGGCCCAAAUUGUGUAUAAGGACAAGUACAUGAUUAUCUCUAAACUACUGCAAGUACUGCCCAAAGGACGGGAGAGUAAAAACAUUGUUGAUGAGAUUAUUAGUCAGUGUGUCCAUGUUCAAAAUAUCUAUGAUGAUAUUGAGCACCAAAAAACAUCGGGUUAUCUUAUUCGUUAUUUCUAUCUGAUCUGUUUUGGGUCUUUCUUACUUGAAAGUUUCGGGACUUCGCUUACCUUCAAGGAGUAUCUUUCUGAACGAAUGGAAAUUGAUGCUAUCGCUAAUGAUAAGGAGUACUUGUUAUCCCAAUAA